AUGUAUUUUAUAGAAUCUUGCAAAGGCAAGCCACCCCAGUCCCAUCUAGAAAUCGAGGGAAUCAGAAUAAACGUGGGACCUAGCAUGAAAUAUCUGGGCCUCACGUUGGAUUGUAGAUGGAAGUGGAAAGAUCACUUCCAACGGCUGGUCCCUAGCGGGGGCCAAGAGAAAAGAUCAGAAGGCUAUAUAUGGGAGCAGUGGGGUCUAUGGCUCUUUACGGGGCUCCCGUCUGGAGUGGUCGGCAGCAUUAGACUAUUGAGCGAGUCUCAAAGGAGACUAGCCAUUAGGAUAGCCCGCGGAUACAGAACGAUCCCGGAAGAAGCGGCGUGCGUGUUAUCCGGAUGGACUUUGCUAGCAGAGGCGUAUAAGGCUCUCUAUAAAAUAAAGAGAGAGUUGCAAGAAAGAGAGAUCAAACUCUCACCAAAGGAGUUAGAGAUAGCUAAGGGACAAGCGAGAGAAAAUGCUAUCGAAGUAUGGAGGGACAAACUUACUCGUCCAAGGGCAGGUAUCAGAACGAUAGAAGCUAUCCAGCCUGUCCUGGGGGAAUGGUUGAAUAGGCCGCAUGGCAGCCUAUCAUACAGGGUGGUGCAAGUGCUCACUGGGCAUGGUUGCUUUGGUGAGUACCUGCACAACAAAACGGGCAGGGAGAAGACAACCAAGUGCCACCACUGCGAUGACAGAAUGGACACGGCACAACACACCAUCGAGUUCUGCCCGGCAUGGGAGGAUCAGAGGAGAGAACUACGAGGGGUUAUCGGACAGGGACUAUCCUUACGGGAAGUAGUGAAGGCGAUGUUGGAGUCUAAGAAGAAGUGGAAGGCAGUGGCAACCUUCUGUGAAGAGGUACUGACCAGAAAGAAGAUGGCUAAGAGAGAGAGAGAGAAAACGAUCCGGGGGCAGACCCGGAAAGAAGAAGAAGAGGAGGCGCAAGGCGAAGAGCAUUUGCGAGAAUGCAGUGAGGAGAGAGAGAAUGAAAGAGAGAGGCAGAUGGGUCAGGGGGAACAAAGGACAGCUCGCUGA